UGGAGAGGGAGGUACGGACGGAGUGGAGUGGAGUGCGACCGUACCGUCUCCUUCCCUUCCCACGACAAGCAAACCAAGCGAAUUGAAAUCGCGAGGAAGACGACGACGAUGACGACAUCAGGCGGCCGGUCAGAACGGUACGUAUUAUUAAUGGGUGAGUAGCGAGCGGCGGUGGCCGCUGAAAAAGAGAGACAGCAAGAAGCUACGUGGCAGGAGUUGAGGCAUCGGCGCUACCACGCGGAGGAGAGUCGUCGCCACGUCCCCCCCACUUGUCAGCGCGGCCUCCUUCCAUGCAUAUAUAUGCCCACCGCUCGCUUGCUCAUUUGGUCAAUCGAGCAGCCAUCCUGCUAACUAGUAACACAACAAACUUUAUAAAGGACAAGAGUACGGCCGCCUUGUCGGAGAGCACUACAUGAGGGGCCUCUACGGCGACGACGACUACCCCGGCCAUCACGGCCAGCAGCAGCACCAGUCGGCGGCCGCGGCAGUAGCCAAGGUGCUGGCCGCCUUCUCCAUGCUGCUGCUGUCGGGGCUGGCGCUGACGGCCACGGUGCUGGCGCUCAUCGUGGCGACGCCGUUGCUGGUGAUCUUCAGCCCAGUGCUGGUGCCGGCAGCCAUCACGGUGGCGCUGCUCACGGCGGGCUUCGUGUCAUCGGGAGGGUUCGGCACGGCGGCGGUGGGCGUGCUGGCGUGGAUGUACCGGUACCUGAAGACGCCGGAGCAGCAGCAGCAGCAGCUUUCCAGCAAGGACUGGGCGCACCAACGCCUCGAGCAGGCACGCGCGCCCUGAUCUCCUGUAAUAGAAAGUUGCACGCAACGCAUGUAG